GAAAGUUGUUACAGGGCGAUUCUUCUUCGGCAAGUUCUUGUCCAGGAACUCCUAUCGUUUGCAUUAAGUGAAAGGAAACAAGAAGUUGAAAACAAAUGUAAAUCAACACCGCACCAUGCCCGCCUUGCUCCGUGCGUUUCUGGACCAAUUUCAGCAGCACUGGUCGCCGGUUCUUUCUGCGGAGACCUCUUCACAUGAUCCUCACUACACCUCUAUAUCUGGUACCCACGACCACCGUCCGACUUCCUUUGCCGACGCUGCAGGUAGUGGUGAUUUGAAGCUCUGCGACGUGGGGUACAAAUGCGUCGCGAACGUGAAAAAGUUUGGCUUCAUGCCCACCAAGGAGGACUUGGAAACGCAGAUGACCUCGUCCGGGGACGAGGACAAGGAGAAGCCCAGCAACGGGAUGCCCCAAGGCGUGAUGCUGAUGAGCGGCAAGGGAAGCGGCAUGGGGUACGAGUUCGAAGAUGGCUGUCCCGUGACGGGGCGGCAAGACAAGGUCGUGAAGGAGCUGUGCGAGCUCGGGUUGAAAAACGGAUUGGGGGCGAAGGACAAGGCCUGCUACAGUUUCUCUCCUGUUGCGUACUCCCCGAGCCUGUGCGCGCACCCGAGCGACUGCAUCUGCGUGCGAACGGCGGGGCGGCGUCCGGAGAGACUGCGCAUGGGUACGGGCUAUGCAUUGCAAAUACGUCUGGGUCUGGAAACAUGUAAACUUCUGAUGCGCAUUGAAGACCAGAAAAAAAUCUGUCAUGCAUGGGCCGCAAAACUUGCGCAUUUCUCGUCACCAAAAGAGGGAAAUUGUCAUGCGGAUUGGGCAUCGCCUAAGGUGCUCAAAACCUGUGUUGCUAGGACUGGCAUGCUAGAUCUUCUGUGUCAUGCACAAACAGCAUUACACUAACAUUCUUCCAGACCCAGACAUAUAUGCACUCGAUACGGGGGAGGCGCAGAGCGAGGCGGCGAAGAAGUACAAGGAAGCGGUGAAGGGCGGGGACAUCGUGUAUCGGGUGGUGAACUUGCAGACGGAAAUGCAGCCGAAGGCGGAGGGGGAUAAUUCAAACCAAAGUGCCGCAGAAGGGGAAGCUGCAGGAACUACAGAACCUCUUUCGGGCGACGCAAUCCUGUACGAACACCCGGUCAAGCCGCCAGACAACUUCGAUUUGGUGACGGGGGAGUUUCUCUUCGGCAGGGGGAACACGGUGGCGAAGUACGGCGAGUGGCUGGCAAAAGGCGCGGAGCACGUCAACGACGCUCUGGAGACUGCGGCAGGGAAGGUACUUAAGCUGUAUAGCAGUAAAGUUCUUUUUAUUCAUCUUUUUCGACGUGUUUGGAGUUGUGUUUGUUCGGAGGGUAUUGUCGAUAUGUUGAAGAGUGGUGCAUGGCCGCACGGCACAUGAUGACGCGAACGCAUUUGUAGUUGAUAAAAGUAAGUAUCUUGACGACCUUUACCAGGUCGACAAGCUUCUGGGCACAACCGGCAAGGAGUGCCCCCCACCGGAAAAGCUCGCGGAAGCUGCCGACGCGGUGCACGAAACUUCCCGGGCGUACCAAUUUUGUGCGGAGGCGCAGAAAAACAUUAUUCAGUACUACGUGCGACGCAACCCGAAGACCGGCAACGUCGCCCUUUUGCACGAGCCGCCCGAGUGCCGGCUCGAAAUGGGCGCCCUGCCCAAGGGCUCGCCGACACAGCAGUUAGUGCUGGCGGCGGCGCAGGUGGAGAAGUGCACGGAGGAUGCCGGGAAGAAUGGUGAAUUGAACGAGGCAUUUUUCGCAAAAGCUGCCAAAACGCUGGAUAAGUCAACGGCGCCGCCAGGAAGCGAGAUGAAACCAAUUAGACAGCGGUUCGGAGCAGGUGCUGUGGGGACUGAGGCGGAGAAGCCCCCGGCGGAAGGAGGAGAGAAACCGGCGGAAGAAGAGAAACCGUCCGAAACAGCAGGAGAAAAGCCCGCGGAAGGGAAGGACGAAGCGAAGACGGAAGGCGAGGCCGAGGGCGAAAAGGCUGAGGGGGAUGAUAAAAACGGCGACAAGGCCGCAGGCGAUGAUGAAGCGUCGAAAGAAGUAGAGGGUGAGAAGGCUCCUGAGGGUGAUAAGGCCGAGGCCAAGGAAGCAUAGCGACCCUACAUUCUACUUCGCGUUUUUGUAGUUUAAAACCACGAUGAAGAUCACCAAGAAAGACCAGACGAAUAUUUGUCUGAACAAACACCAGGCCGUUCCUAUCUAUUGAUUUUCCGCAACAAUCAAGAAGUCUUUGAGGUCUACUUUCUCUUUGUCGAUGCUCGUGCGUUUCGUCGUAUUCUUUGGACUCGCUGAUCCAUCUCGUAAGAACAAACUUCGCUCGUCUGUCGAAGUAUCGUGCAGUAGCAGCUACCUCCUGGGAGAUGAAGGUUCGGAUGUUGAAGAUCGGGUGAGCGUGCUGGCGUCAAUGAAAGUGAAGCCAAAGAAAAGAUACUUGCGUAAAGUACUU